CGGGGGAUGCGGGCGGGCUGCCCGGGGAGGCGGCGGCGGCGGGGCCGGGAGCGGGGCCGGGGCCGGGAGCGGGGCCCGCGGAGCCGGGGAAGCGGCGGCCCGCGGCCCGCGCAGCGAUGGGCGCCGGCGGAGGGUCGCCCGGGCAGGCCGCCUGCCUGCGGCAGAUCCUGCUGCUCCAGCUGGACCUGAUCGAGCAGCAGCAGCAGCAGCUGCAGGCCAAGGAGCGGCAGAUCGAGGAGCUCCGGGCCGAGCGCGACACGCUCCUGGCGCGGAUCGAGCGCAUGGAAAGGCGGGUGCAGCUGGUGAAGAAGGACAGCGAGCGGGAGAAGCACCGCAUCUUCCAGGGCUUUGAGGUGGAUGAGAAGCCCGAGGCAGAGGCGUGUGAGAAGCUGCCUCUGGAGUGUCCCCAGGACCUGCUGGAGCCUCCCCCGACCCUGCAGCCCAAGCACUUCCCCUACGGCAGGAACGGGAAGGGCCAUAAAAGGAAGCCAGCGUUUGGGAGCACGGAGAGGAAGACGCCUGUUAAGAAGCUAGUGUCAGAAUUCUCCAAAGUGAAGAGCAAAACUCCGAAACACUCCCCGGGGAAGGAGGAAUCGGGCGGCUCCUUGGCUGAAACUGUUUGUAAACGAGAACUGCGGAGCCAAGAGACUCCGGAAAAACCCCGGGCGCUCCUGGAGACCCCUCUGAGGGCAUCAGCCCCACCCAAGGGUCCUGGCACCCACCCCAAGGAGAAGGGAUUUGUCAGCGAGGCCGACGACCUGCCCUACCUGUCCACCACGGAGAUGUACCUGUGCCGCUGGCACCAGCCGCCCCCGUCGCCGCUGCCGCUGCGGGAGCCUUCCCCCAAAAAGGAGGAGACUGUAGCAAUUCCAUCUUGGAGGGACCAUGUCGUGGAGCCCCUGAGAGACCCCAACCCCUCAGACAUCCUGGAGAACCUGGACGACAGCGUCUUUUCCAAACGGCACGCCAAGCUGGAGCUGGAUGAGAAACGAAGGAAAAGGUGGGACAUCCAGCGGAUCAGGGAACAGAGAAUCCUGCAGCGGCUGCAGCUCCGAAUGUACAAAAGGAAAGGGAUUCAGGAGUCAGAACCUGAAGUUACCUCAUUUUUCCCUGAGCCAGAUGAUGUGGAAAGUUUGCUCAUCACCCCUUACCUGCCCGUCGUCGCCUUCGGCCGGCCCUUGCCCAAACUGACCCCACAGAACUUUGAGCUGCCCUGGCUGGACGAGCGCAGCCGCUGCCGGCUGGAGGUGCAGAAGAAGCAGACACCACACCGGACCUGUCGGAAAUGAGGGAAAUGCUGGGAGCUCCAGGCACCUCCAGGAGCUCCAGGCACCCUGUCCUGGUGGGGCUCUGGGCACCGCAAGGGCAGCAGGAGCUCUGCCAUGCCCGGCUCACCAGCAGCCGCUGCCCCGCUCCGUGCUGAC